AUGGGCAGCCGCGCCGGAGUGCGCUGGGCGACCGCGGCGCUGGGCGUCACCGGGUUGCUGUGCGCCGUGCUGGGCGCCGUCAUGAUCGUGCUGGUCCCCUCGCUCAUCGAGCAGCAGGUCCUCAAGAAUGUGCGCAUCGACCCCAGUAGCCUGUCCUUCAACAUGUGGAAGGAGAUCCCCAUCCCAUUCUACCUCUCCGUCUACUUCUUCCACGUGGUCAACCCUGAAGAGAUCCUGAAGGGCGAGAAGCCGCAAGUGCAGGAGCGUGGGCCCUACGUGUACAGGGAGUUCAGGCACAAGAGCAACAUCACCUUCUAUGACAAUGACACGGUGUCCUUCCUGGAGUACCGCAGAUUCCAGUUCCAGCCCGCCAAGUCCCACGGCUUGGAGAGCGACUACAUCGUCAUGCCCAACAUCCUGGUCUUGACGGCCGCCAUGAUGAUGGAGGACAAGCCCUUGAGCCAGAAGUUGCUCCUGACCCUGAUGUUCAGCACCCUCGGGGAGCGUGCCUUCAUGAACCGCACCGUUGAGGAGAUCAUGUGGGGCUAUGAUGAUCCCCUCCUGAGUAUCAUCAAUAACUACCUUCCCAACAUGUUCCCCUUCAAUGGCAAGUUCGGGUUAUUCUCUGAGCUCAACAACUCCCAUUCGGGGCUCUUCACUGUGUUCACGGGCGUCAAAGACUUCAGCAGGAUCCACCUGGUGAACAGGUGGAACGGGCUCAGCAAGGUCAGCUUCUGGCAUUCUGACCAGUGCAACAUGAUUAACGGAACUUCUGGAGAAAUGUGGGCACCAUUCAUGACUCCCAAAUCCUCGCUGGAAUUCUACAGCCCUGAUGCCUGCCGGUCCAUGAAGCUGGUCUACAAGGAGGCAGGGGUGUUUGAAGGUAUCCCCACCUACCGCUUCGUGGCCCCCCCCACCUUAUUUGCCAACGGAUCCGUCUACCCGCCCAACGAGGGUUUCUGCCCGUGCCUGGAGUCUGGAAUCCAGAAUGUCAGCACCUGCCGCUUUGGUGCACCCCUGUUUCUCUCCCAUCCUCACUUCUACAACGCAGACCCGGUCUUGGCCGAGGCGGUCAUCGGUCUCCACCCCAGCGACCAAGAACAUUCCUUGUUCCUGGACAUUCACCCGGUCACUGGGAUCCCCAUGAACUGCUCUGUGAAGCUGCAGCUGAGCCUCUACAUCAAGGCCAUCAAGGGCAUUGGACAAACAGGGAGCAUCAAACCCGUGGUCCUGCCCCUGCUUUGGUUUGGACAGAGUGGCACGAUGGAGGGCCAGACCCUGCGAACCUUCUACACGCAGCUGGUGCUGUUGCCUGCAGUGCUGCACUACGCCCAGUACGUGCUCCUCGCCCUGGGAUGCGCCCUGCUGCUGCUCAUCCCCGUCGUCUGCCAGAUCCGGAGCCAGGGCCCCGAAGAUUCCACGAGCCAGUCCAGCCUGGUGGCUCAGCCAGACCAGCUCCCCAGCCCCUGCACCCCACUUCUAAUGGACUCUGGAAGCAGACAGCCUGCCAGCCACAAAGCCUGA